AUGUGCCUCACCAUCCCGUCGCGUGUGUCACCCCAUCCUCAGCCGCUCAUUGGUUUCAAACAUUACCGCCCCUCUUGGCAGUUAGCCUCUGCUACAAAAUACAACCUUCGCUACACUCUCGUGUUUACCGGGCCAGCCACCGCACCCAAACGAAUCGCCUUAUAUCAGAGGCAACAGCAGCAGCCCGUCAUCACGAUCCCCCUUCACCUCCUCGCCUGCGCACAGCCCGCGCCUUCCGUGUGGCACUGCUCUGGCGCACCUGCCUCGCCUCCCCUCCCUGCUGCUCCCCUUGCCGCCCUCCUUGCUGCUGUUUCUGCUGGCGCUGCCGGUGGUAGCACUGCCGGUGGUAACACUCCUGGUGGUAACGCGGCGGGUAGAGACACUGCAAGUGGCAUCACUGUGAGCGGUACCAGUGGCAUUGGUUUCUCUGCUGCGGUGGUGGGCGCUGGGAGCAGCAGCAUGGGCGCGUUAUCUCAAGCCAAGGCGUUCUACGCUGGUGAGCACAGUGGGGGUGGGGUGGGCACGCCACCCCUCACCCCGCCAAGAGGCACACUGGUGGUGUCCACUUGUGAGGACCCUCAGAACCGCCUUCUCUUUGCCCUCCCGUGCACCCCGCCAGUCCCCUCGGCGCUCACGCCGGUGCUCUACCCCACUGCGGCCGCCCAGCUGGGCGGAGCAGCCAAGGGAGGCGCCACUGUCUCUGUCUCCUCCACCAAUGCUCUCGCCAAGAUCAACUACCUCAUCAUCGUACUCAACCCCACUCAACCCCUCCGGUUGGUCAAGGUCUCCCUCUCACCCCCCUCCUCCGCCUCUCCCUCCACCUCCUCCUCCACCUCCUCCACCUCCUCCUCCACCUCCUCCACCUCCCCUCUCUCCCUCGCCUGCACGUGGGUCGCCCCACUCCCCUCGGUGUGGGUCUGCCGAGGAACAGCCAUGGCGGCGCAGGUCUCCCCAGCAGCCAAGGCGGUGGCAGCGCUGCCAGCACUGCCUGCAGGGGCGAGGAGUGCAUGUGUGGUUGGAGUGAGUGUGGGAGGGGGGGUCGCUGCAACCCAAGCGGCACAGGGGGCGUUGGUGCGAGUGGACUUUUGA